ACAGAGAAGCGACUGGAAGCUGUUCACUCAUUCAUUCAUCUCACUGCAGCCCGGCACUACGGUACUACAGCUCCUCUGUUGCGUUGUGAGCACUAGCAAGCAACUGCUAAAAUGACACGACUGAAGCGUUCAACGUGAAGUGAAUGUCCAAAAUGUGAAGCUCUGCCUGCAUUUUUAUGAACCUGAAUCAGCGGGGAAUCCGACAAUCAUCAUCAUCAGUGGCACAGCGACAGCAGCAACGGAGGUGGUGGCUUCUCAGUAAGGAUCAUGUGGUGGGCCUGGCCGUUCCUGCCUGCUCUGGUGCUUCUCUCAGAGCUCUCUGUGGUGAGAGUCCAGACGGCACCGUGCCAAACCUGCAAAAAACUCACUGAGAGUUUCAUUAAGGGCUUGGAGAGAACAGCCAAUAAGAACUUUGGGGGAGGAAAUACUGCCUGGGAGGAGGAGAAGCUGGCUAAAUAUGCAACCAGUGAAACUCGCCUACUAGAGAUAGUAGAAUCUGCUUGUGAGAAAACAGAUUUUGAAUGUAACCGACUGCUGGAGCAGAUAGAGGACCAAGUGGAGACAUGGUGGUUCCACAGACAGCAGGAAGCACCAGACCUGUUUGAGUGGCUGUGUAUAGAGGAGCUGAGACUCUGCUGUCCACCUGGACACUUUGGACCUGACUGCAAAGAGUGUCCAUCUGGACCUGGUGGAAUAUGUGGAGGUCUGGGCCGCUGUGAAGGGGAGGGUACUCGCCUUGGAGACGGAGAGUGUGUCUGUGAUCCCGGGUACUCAGGCCAUCUUUGCCAAAGCUGUGCUGAUGGUUACUACAGAGAGAAAAGCUCCAAUAACAGCAUAGCAGCCUGUGCAGCCUGCUACCACUCAUGCAAGAAAUGCUCAGGGCCGCAGGACUACAAAUGUCUCGACUGCAAACCCGGCUGGAUCCUUCAUGACAACAAAUGUGUUGACAUUGAUGAAUGCGGUACAGAGCUGGCUCGUUGCCCUUCUAACACCUACUGUCACAACACAGAUGGAUCAUAUGAAUGCAGAGGAUGUGACCAGGCAUGUGUGGGCUGCAUGGGUAGCGGUCCUGCCCGCUGUAAAAAAUGUGCGCGUGGCUACAGAUUGAAGGGAGCGAAGUGUCUUGAUAUAGAUGAAUGUAGUGAACGUGCCAUAGCAUGCCCGGGACUCAAUGAGGCCUGUAUAAAUGAGGAGGGCUCCUUCCACUGUGACUGUGCUAAUGGCUUUAUCAGAAGAGACAGCAUCUGUGUUGAAAAUAAACCUCCUGCUGGUCCAGAGAAGGGACUCUUUGACGAUAUGACAGAUGAUGAGGUCCUUGUACUGCAACAGAUGUUCUUUGGAGUGGUAAUCUGUGCCCUAGCCACCCUUGCUGCCAAGGGUGACAUGGUCUUCACAGCUAUUUUCAUUGGAGGUGUGGCUGCUAUGGCUGGAUACUGGCUGACCGAGAAGGGAGACUACAUGCUGGACGGAUUUCUGAAGGGACGCUAGACUGCAUUGGACCGUAGCUUGAUUAAAAAGACGGGCCAAUUUGGGUAAAUAGGAAUCAGUUUGAGGCAAGAAACUAGCUUUGCAAUGCUAGACUUUCAGGGAUUUACUUGUGACUGGGGAAUUAAUUUAAACGGCGUGGGUUAAUUUAUGUGUAUGAGUGACAUAACACGGGAAGAAGGGAGAACUUAAAGAACAUGAAGCCGUGAAUCUUUAAGAGGAGUAACGAAGCAUCACUGCACUGAUGGAAAGGAACCGAACUUACUUCCCUACCUCAGCUGUGUUGGGAACAAGGGUGACAUAAAGACCACUACUGAUUGUGAAAAUCUUAUGCAUUUGGAUAUGAUGUCUGGUCUUUGUCUCUCUUGAAAAGAUUAUUUUUUCGUCUACUCUAUUCAUGAUGUCCAUCUGCGUUUUCACCAUUUCAGCUCCCCCUCCCUCCCAUAGUUUGAAUGGCACAUGAGUUGUGAGUGUGUCAGGUUACUAAUGCACUUGAACGUAGCGCUGUGGGACAUUGGGUAGGAUGGAGAUAUCACAAUUUCCCAAAUUCCCCCAGUGAAGCACUCAUAAAACUCUGGGAUAUUUAAAUUAAGAACAGCCAUUUAUUUAUGUUCACAGAAUAACUUUUUACCUCUUUGUCCCAGAAUAAUUCUUUGUAAUAAUAAUGCAUGAUAAUAGGAUUGGAAAUGAAAGAUACAGCACCCUAUCUAUUUAUUUGUCCUACUUGGCAUGGAAGAUAAACUUUUUAAUAGCUGCUGGGCCACCAACAUUACUUAUUUAAGUACCAGGAUCCUGUUACAGGAAGCGGGUUAAGCCAACAGUGCUGAGUUUGUUAACCCUGAGAAACAUUUUUUCAGUUCUAGAAAUAGAGUUAACUACUUUUCAUUUCCUCAUUCAAAAGGCCACUGUUAAAGGUCAGAGCCAAGCAAAUUAUCCUGCAAAAGUCAGAAUAAAAUCUGUAGCUGUCAACCUGUCUGAACUCCGCUGAAUGUUACUGAAACAAUGGGUGUUUAUUGUUUAAAUCAUUCUAAUCGGUGUAAAGCUUUAGACACAUGAUGCUGAUUAAUGAUCACUUAUUUGUCGUGUUGUAAUCAAGUGAAAAUGAGGCGGCAAGGACUUUAAAGGACACUAAAAUGCGGUUAAACAUAUUUUAAAGCGACUUGGUCCACAUAUUAUUGUUCGGUUAUGAAAUUUUGUCAACAUUUUGAAAGACACAGUUUCUAAAGUUUGGUGUCUGAACCUCAACAUAUUUUCCACUGAAAAUGGCCCAAACCAGUCUCGCUGGGUGUACCCAGAUAGCAGUAGUGACCAGAAGUGGAUCCAUCAGCAAUGCUGAAUAGUCUAACAUUUUCUGAUUUAGUGUAAGAAUACAGUAAAUUGUGCCUUUUUACAGAGUCAUCAUUAAGCAUAAACAAGCUAAAUAUAGUUAUAACUAAGUAAAUACAACAAGGAACAAAUUAAGCUUAUUUGCUUCAGUUUUAUGCGAUAAUCUUUAUAUUCUCUUUUUUUUUUUUUUUUUUCACUGUUAUUUUAGCUGUCUGGAAAGAGUUUCUCAGUUUCAGUUUGGACAUAUCCAUAGAUUGGGAUACCAUUUUUCUUUUAAUUUUUUUUUUAAUGUCAUAUCUGACAGUUUAAGCAAUUUUUAUCUACUUAUGAUACACACAUACUGUCUCACUUUGCACCAUAUUUUUACUCUGUGCAAAACUGAAAAAUAACUCUAGCAAAAGAAAGACAAGUUAUACUGCUGCUUGAUUUUCUUUGUGGUAUCUUCUGUCAUUUGAUGAUGUACCAUGCCUUCACUGGGUACAUGCCAGUGCAUGUCCUGCAGAACCAGUCAGAAGUGCGGGUAUUCUCAUAAGGUAACACCUGGAAACAACGGAUAAAAAUGCUGUGCAGUUCCACAUGAAUAGGGAUAUUCCAUUAUCAUAGUGUAACUGAUGAUUACUUUCUUUUUCUACUCAUGUGUGCGUUUAACUUGGGGUUAUCGUCGUCAGAGUUCAAUGAACUUGCGGUAAACUUCAAAGCUCAACAACUCAGAGUUCAUUUUUAAACUCAGUUUUCUGAACUUCCUGGAACAGGACCCAGCUCUAUUCUACAUACAUACAUGCGUUUUGUGUUGCCUUUAUUUUGAAGUGAUAUUUAUGUUGUCAUAUUUUAUUAAUAUUUCCUUUAUACUUGUGUGUGUGUGUGUUAUCAGCAUAUAUUUUUAAGAGUUAAAUUGUAAUUCUGGGAGAUACAUUAGCAUCAUGUUGGAUUGCCACUCAAGAGAGCGUCACUUUUUAUCCGUCCAAUUAUCUAUUUAUUUUUAUUUUAAGUUAUACUUGAUUAUUUUCCGAGUGUGGAAUGUUGUCCAGAGUCAAAAUUCAUUAGCGAUGUUUGCAUUACAAUAAAAAGUCUGGCACUCA